AUGCCAACCAAAACGCUUACUAUAGAGCAGAACCUGGAGGACUACGUGAAGUUGGAUAAAGUCGGAGAAGGUGGAAAAUUUGGAGGCAUCCCGGCUACAGCGAUUCGAGAAAUUUCUAUGCUUCAAGAACUAAGAAAUCCAAAUGUAGUGGAAUUGAUUUCUAUCUCACUUCAGGAAAACCGUUUAUACCUCGUUUUCGAAUUCAUAGCAUUGGAUUUGAGAAAAUAUUUGGAUGCAGUUCCCAAGAACGACUUCGUACCAAGAGAAACUGUGCAGCGGUUUGCGUUUCAGAUCUGUCAAGCAAUGUGCUUUGUGCAUCAGCGUCGUAUAAUUCAUCGUGAUCUGAAGCCACAGAAUCUGCUUGUUGACGAGAAGGGCACUAUAAAAGUGGCCGAUUUGGGAUUGUCGAGAUCGAUCGCCAUCCCGAUUCGCAUGUACACUCAUGCGGUGGUGACUUUGUGGUAUCGUUCACCAGAGAUUCUGCUCGGCACAAGUCGUUAUGGAGCUGCAAUCGAUGUUUGGGCGGUCGGGUGUAUCUUGGCCGAAAUUGCGUUUAAGAAAUCGUUAUUCAACGGCGAUUCCGAAAUAGACCAACUGUUCCAAAUAUUCCGAUUACUUGGCACACCGACGGAGAAGGAAUGGCGUGGUGUGAAUAAACUGCCGGAGUUCAAGCACACAUUCCCGAAAUGGAAGAAGAACGAGCUCGCCGAGCGCUUGAACCCAUUCUGCGAUGCGCGGCUAGUUGACCUGAUUCAGUUAAUGUUGAAGUACGACCCAUCGCUUCGUAUUUCGAUGCGGAAUGCCUUGUAUCAUAAAUACUUUGACAAUGUAGGUUGCAAAAUGGCAAUAUCCAAAAAGUUUAGAAAAACUAAUGAGAUAGGAGUUAUCGUUAAGGCCUCGUUCAAAGAGAUUAGCCCUCAGCGAUGA